UGUCAUCCUGCCUUUUUAGCUCGUCCCGUCAGUCAGUCGAUUCCGAUUCCGAUCGAAAGCGAUUAAUUAAAUCAGUGCAAAAACACACACCCACAGGAAGCGAAACCCUCUUUGUUUGGGUUCUUAGUCACAUUUCUCCGAAACUCCCCCGAACAGGAACGUGGUGCUGGUCGCAGUGGCCGCCUUCAACCCGAUGGCCUCGGUGCGCAUUCCCGAGCAGAAGAUCAUCCUCUGCGGCGAGUACGGCGUGGGGAAGAGUUCGCUGUUCCGGCGGUUCGCGACCAACUCGUUCGUGACGGCCACCGAUCGGCAGUCCACGCUCGGGCUGGACCAUUACGAUCGGAGCUUUGCGGUGGGGGAGAAGAAUAUUAAGCUCCAGCUCUGGGACACUGGUGGUAUGGAGCGGGUAGCGUCGGUCACUUCCAGUUACUACAAGUUCGCUGAGGCUGCUCUGUUGGUGUUUGCUCUGGACAACCCGGCGUCGUUCCACUCUCUGUCACAGCACAUGCUGGAUGUGGUCACCUACGCUGAGAAUGCAAAGAUCUUCCUCGUUGGGAACAAGGUCGAUAUGGAGCAGACGGGGAAUCCGGAAGUUACCGAAGCGGACAUGGAAUCGUUCUGCGAGCAGUGUCACAGCUUGAUCAGUGCGACGUACAAGACGUCCUGCAGGACGGGGGAAGGUAUCGAAGAGAUGUUCCAAGAUAUUGCCAACACGUUGGUUGAUUCGAACCGAUCGCGGCUGGAGCUUCAGGCGCUGGAUUCGCACGGAUUCAAGAUCGAACCGCCGGAAGAGAUAGGCGAACCGUCCUGUCUUUGCUAGCAUUUUGUGCCCUCGUUGUAGGGCACUAAAACAAACAACAAACUUGCAACCAAAUGAUCUUAGACACCGAGCUACGAAGGGUUUGGCGCGACGCUAAGACAGACCGUCCUGAACAAUUGAUAGAGAAGGCAGCAUUGGCCACAGGGGGAAGCGAGUUGUGAUCCUUUGAACAAUUCAUAAAUAACAUAAACGGAUACACCACGAAUGUAGCAGCAGGUAGCCAGGUCUUGAGGACGACUUCAGUACGUCCUCCUGACCAGCUUUGGGUCGAGUGCCAUAAAACGGAAAUGAUCGGCAUGGAAAUCAAAAUUCAUACACAUUUUACCAAGUAGUGCGACGAGCUUUCUGUGUUAAUCAGUUAUCGCUAAAUUUUUGCCAUUACGAACAGCAAACUAUUGAUAACUCUAAUUGGACACGUUGGAAAAGUCCUAUUGGACUUUCAAUCUACUCAAAUAACUAACAGGUGAACAUGAAUGGCAUUGUGAAGUAACAUGCUAGUAAUUUGCUGAUUUAUAAGUUAAACAAUAUCUUAUCCUAAGCAGGCACUCUGCAAAUUGCACCUUACUAAAUUUGUAACGCAAUGAAAAGCGAUAUUUUGCAGUUAAAGUUUAAUCAAUCUUAUUACACCUAGUGAGUUCGUCAAGUAAAGCUAAGUAAUGCAUAUUUGCAACUCUAAUAGCUAUAAGUGUAGAGUGGAACGUUAGUUCACCUUAAGAAUAACUACAUUUGAAUGAUAUCUUUAUAAAUCAAAACAUUUUAUGGUAUCAAUAAAUAGUGGACAUUAUA